AUGACGACGAAAAGAGUGGAAAGGACUCAGAUAAUGAGUUUUGAGGGUGAGGGGCGUGGUUUUUAUCAUCGAGGGGUUAAUAUUAAAAGGAGAAAAGGUCGUAUAAGACGAGGAUUGUUGAGCUCUUCUAGCGAUGAUGGAGGAGAUAAUAAUGAGACCAUUACCAUAGAGGAUAGUGACCAAGAGGACAAGGCUGUACCAGCAACUCCGCUACUCCAGAUAAAACCUCAUCAAGUAAAAGGAAUUAAGUUUUUGUAUAACUGGUGUCUGGAAGAUAUACAAAGAUUGACUACUGAACCAGGCUCUGGUGCUAUCUUAGCUCAUUGUAUGGGACGAGGAAAAACUUUACAGAAAUAUCUCUUGGAUCCUGGAGCUGAUAUCAUUGUAUGUGAUGAGGGACAUGUGUUACGACAGGAGAAAUCAAAUUUGUCACUGAUGGUCAAUAAAGUGGCUACAAGACGUCGUAUUGUUCUGACAGGAACACCUCUUCAGAAUAACUUGAAAGAAUAUUAUACUAUGGUCAGUUUUGUAAAACCUAACUUAUUAGGGACUUCUAAGGAAUUCUUUAAUAGAUUUAGUAAUCCUAUUAGUAAUGGUCAACAUGCAGAUUCAAGACCAGUUGAUGUUCGUCUCAUGAAACAACGUGCUCAUAUCUUGUUCCAAUUACUUUCUGGAUGUGUGGAUCGUAAAGAUUAUCGUAUCCUAGCUGAAUCAUUACCGCCAAAAAUACGAAUAUGUUUGUUUCUGAGAGGAAGGACCAAGCAAAAGACAGAGAAUUACUUGAUGAUUUUAUUGUUGAUUGAUGAUGACGUUAGUAGUCUUGAGGGAUUUGUUGUAAAAGAUAAAGAAUCUGAUGAUGAUGAAUUUAAAGUGAGAAAAAAAGAACUUUUUGGCAGCAGCAGUAGUCUUACUAAUGGAGAGAAAGUUAGUUCACCAACAAACUGGUUUGAGGACUUGCUUCCCGAUGAGUGUAGUACCAAAUUAGAUCUUAGUGGUAAAUUGGUCUUUCUUAUGGAAUUAUUGAAAGAGACAGAGAAAGUUGGAGAGAAAGUCCUUGUAUUUAGCCAGAGUUUGUUGAUCCUAGAUUUGAUUGAAGAUAUUCGUGUUUUUCUCAUCUCCACAAAGGCUGGUUCUCUUGGAGUAAACUUAUGUGCUAACAGAGUAGUUGUCUUUGAUGCUUGUUGGAAUCCAACUCAUGACCUGCAGUCUAUUUUUAGAAGCUAUCGAUUUGGUCAGACAAAACCUGUUUUUGUAUACAGACUACUAGCACAGGGUACAAUGGAGGAAAAGAUAUAUGAUCGUCAAGUAACCAAACAGUCUCUCUCUCUGAGAGUAAUAGAUGAAAAACAAAUAAAUCGUCAUUAUACAAUUUCACAACUGCAAGAACUCUUUACAUUUUCCCCAGCCCCACCUCCAAGUGACACGCCCCCUGAUAAACCUUUCGAACUACCAGAGUCUGAGGACAUUAUCUUUUGUAAAAUCUUAAAAAAGCUCCAACCACAGGCUAUAAUUAAGUACCACAAACAUGACUCACUCCUGGAGCAUGUAUUUGACGAAGAAUUAUCUGAAGAAGAAAGAAAAGCAGCCUGGGAGAGUUACAAUGCCCAAAAGAGAUGGAGAGUCUUGGAGCGAUUACGCAAUCAGUUUCUACGAGAACUCAAAGAGGUGGAUGAAAAAUCUAAAGUUCAGACUCCUGUUCCAUCUCAAUUACCUCCUAUGAUUGGACAAACUACAGCUGCUAUAGUUACCCCAUCAAAUCGUGGACAAGGUGGUGGUGGUAUUCUACCACCCAAUCAGAGAUAA